AAUGCAUUCAUAAAUGUUUGUUUGAUAUUUUUUUGCAAAAGUGUAAAAAUUUCACAACAAAAUGUGGCUUUUAACAAAUGUUGCAACCGGUAAUGCACUCAUUGUCAUCAAUGAAAAGUCUAAAUAUGCUGUUGGCCGAGUUGGUGCAGAUUUGGUGAUAUGCGACGACUCUUCCAUUAGUCGUACUCAUGCCUUUCUUCAUAUAACGCAAAAUAUUACUAUGGAUAACGAAGAUCAGAAAUCCAUAGAGUUAUUAGAGCUUGAAGAUGCUGGCUCUAAGUAUGGUACCUUCCAUAAUGAUGGCAUUGAGAAAAAUGUUGGUGCACCUAAACAAAAACGUAUACCUUUAUCAGAGGGAGAUCGCAUACGUUUUGGUGUUUUAAAGAGCAUAUGGUUGGUUUCAAAAAUUACACCCAUUGUUGCGGUAUCGGCAUUACCUGUUGAAAUUACCAAACAACUACAACAAUAUAUUCAAGUUCUUGGAGGCAGCAUUUUAGCAGGCUGGAAGGAUACAUAUACGCACUUAACUUUAGCAGAGAUUAAACUCAUCCCCAAGUUAUUGCAUGCCAUAAUAGAUAAGAAGCCUAUUGUAACUUGUGAUUACUGGUGUAGUGUGGUGCAGGCUGCACGCCGUGGACGGCGAUCGUUGCCUAAUGCUGCAUCGUAUAUUCCACCAAAUCCUAGGAAUUUAGAUUUGAGCUAUCGUGAGGAAAGAAAAAGCAUUUUUAAGAAUAUAACAUUUGUAUUUUUAAAUGCUCGUCAUUUUAAUAUUUAUGCUCCGAUUGUGGAGAAGACCGGUGGUAAGAGCAAACAUUUAAAUGUAGGAAUACAAAAAUCAUUUCUGGUCAGAAAAGAUGUCGUUGUUAUUCAAUACGUGCCAUCAACAGAGUCGCAAAGUUCACAGACCGUUAGUACCAUCGAAGAUUAUCUUAAACAACAUUCCCGACGUACUGUACCUGAAUAUGAAAUCGGUUUCGCAAUUAUACAUUGCUCAACACAAAUGUAUUGCAAUCCAAGCUACAAAGAAGCGGAAAACUUAGAUUUUGAAUCAGAAUCAAUUGAAUCUGGUGUGUUGCAGAGUUCUGGUAAACAAACCGAUUGCUCGAAUCCUUUAGUAGGCGAUGAAACAGAAGUGUUUAUACCGGAAACUGAUCACAAAAGCACAGCUAGUACACAUUUGACAGAUAAAUCAGCUAUUGAACUCCCUGCGACCGGAGCAGAUCAAACCGAUUCAGUAACAAUAGAAUCACAAACAUUUGAACAAAAGGAUUCAUUGCCAAGUGAUGUGGUGAUGUCUUCGCUUCAAGUUACCGAAAGUGUACAAGAAGUUAUUAAACGAAAGCGUACAAGAGGAAUUCAACAAAUUGUCGAUAAAAAUAAUUCUGAAAUGAAUAGUGAUGAAGAUGAUCUAUUCAACUUUGCGGCUAAGAAGGUUCAUUUAGAAGAUAAAAGGACCUCACCAGUUAGGCGUGUAACGAGACAACAAAGAAAAUCGACAAGUUCACCACUUGACGAGAGUGCAUCUACAUCUGUUGCAGCCGCUGCAAAGGAAACCCCUAAAUCCUGCAAUAAGCAAUUGCCUAUUGCAAUAAAUAAAAGGUCAACUAGACGUACGAUGAUUAGUAUGUCUGGAUUCCUAGAAAAGUCACAAGCGCCAAAUUUAAAUUUGCAGAAAACAGUUGCAGAGACUCACGAUAUACCGACUGACAAAGAUAAGUCGAAGCAGGGAACUAAACGUCCACGUAUUGCUGUCUUAGAUAACAGCGACGAUGAUGACUUAUUUUGCUUUGGUGGAAAAAGUAAUACAAAAGAAGAAUCAAAUCUUGCUAAACGAGCACGUGCUGAUGAUAAUGGUGACGAUUCAGAAGAGGAUCUAUUUAAUUUUGGCGGUGAUAAAUCCGAAGAACUUAAUAAUCGAGAAGAGGUUAUAGACGUCGAUUUAAAUAAGCAAUCACAAGCUCAAAAAAAUAAUUUAAAGUCAAUAGUUAUGCCAAAACCUAAACCAUUGCCAGCGAAAAUUUGCGUGGCCAAUUGGCUUGGAAGUUCAUUAAGUGCUUUAAGUAUCAAACCCGAUCAAAUGAAGGAUGAAGUGGACGCGGGUAUAAGAGAGAACAAUGAUUCAGGUGUAGAAGGUGAUAGUAAAGAGAAUGUUGAGCUUUGUAAAGGCGGAUGCGUGGUGACUACGCUGGACGUAAGAACACAAAAUCGAGAGAGCGAGUGGAGCAGAAAUACGACUAUUUCUCGAAAAGAGGAUUCUAAUGUAAAUUCCACAACCAAAAACUAUAAAAAGUUUGUUAAAAAAUUUCGUCCACAAAAUCAUAAAGUGAUUGCGACAAUAUCGUCCACUGUAUGCGGUAAAUUUGUUUGAAAUAUGUUUAUAUAUAUGUUAUGAAAUUUUGUUUACAAUAAAUUUUCUAAAUAUGCUUAAA